CAAAGAGUAGCGGGGCUUGCGUUUUUCUCCCAAUACGUCAACGUGCUUUCGUAUCUGCGUAUCGCGAGUCCUCGCGUUGGGAUUCUGCUGGAUAUGAUAGCUCGAGCGUCCACUGCGCUGGUGUGCUUUACGCUUUUCUGCUUCAUUCUUUUUCUGGGUUUUGUCAAUUUCUCAAAUAUUCAAUUUGGAGGCCUCAUUCCGAACUUCGGCACGCAGAGUGGCGCGUUUAUUGAGCUCUUUUCCAUGAUGGGUGGAAAGAUUGAAGUCUACGAUGUGCUGGUGGAGCUAUACCCAGUUCGCGGACGCAUCUUUUUCCUGAUUUUCGUCCUUCUGUUCUAUUUCAUUCUCGUGAAUCUCAAUAAUGCUAUUCUGAAUGCGGCGUACGUGGACGCUGUAAAGGACGCCGAGGACUUGCUGAGAAUGAAAAGUCAGCAGAAACAGUUUGCGGGCCAAAACACUGUUGCAGAUGACUACGGGGAUGAUGAUUUUGAUCAAGAUGCUGGGUUUGCGGAAAGGAUUCAGAAAACCACAGCCGCGUUGGCUGCGCGAGUCCAAGGCAAGCUGUCGGAAACUCUUAGGCACGCGAAAAAUAUGGUCAGGCCGGUUGGAAGCGACGAACACGCCGGAGCUGGUGCAGAAAACGCGCUGGGCGACAGAGGUCGUGGUGGCUCGGAGAAGUCAGCAAAAGAUGGGAAAUCUGCCGCCGCACAGAUAGAGGAGAUGCUACAGCAUUAUCAGAAUGCGGGGGCAGAAGAGGAGGAAGAGGAAGGGUUGACGACCAAAGGCCUCUACGCACUUUUCGUUGUCAUCUAUUUCUUGAUCCUCUUUCUUGGAUUGCGCCGGGACGCUUCCUACGAGGCAGGAGCAGCUAUUCGCGACGCGUUAACGUACGCGAGGUUUGAAUCGACGAGCAGUCAUCGGCAACAGAUGACUUUCGCGGAUAUUCAAACGCGCGAUGACGUCCUCACCUGGAUGCGGACCGGGCUCAAAUACGCACUAUUCGACUCGUCGCGUAGCAUUCCAAACUUCAGCGACGAUGCGGCGGCGCAGGAGAAUCCUUUGAAUGAGUAUCACUCGGCCGCGGCCGACGUGUGCGGUGUGGGUAAGCCUUGCCAGCAGCUCGUCAUCCGAUCGUGGAAUGUAGUGCUAGGGCAAGAGCCAGUUCGAAUAUCGCAGCGCCUCUACAAAAUGAGCGCGAUGCCGGGUCCACUGGCGGGCUCGGGGAGUAGCAACCUGAGCACGUCUUACCGGCGCUCGUCAUUUGCGAAGCUAAAUGCCGACGACGCUGCGGACGGCGUGGUUGAACUUAUCAAAGGCGGUGAGCUGUCGCUGGUGGCGAACGAGAAGCAACGUGCAAUCUUGAAUUCUACAAGCACUUUCUCUCAAGGCUACCAUGACUAUGAAGCAUGGGUGACAGCACUACCCGUAGACGAGCAGCAGUUCUCGAAAAAGUUGCGAGAUCUAGAUGACAACUACUAUCUGAGCGAGCAAACAGCCACGUUGGCGGCAGAAUUCCUGGUGUACAACGCGCAACUUGGGAUUUUCUCGUUGGCGAUUCUCUCCUUCACAUUUCCUCCGGCUGGAGGAGUCGAAAAAAAGUUGCGGAUAAAGUCCUUGUCGCUCGAGUACUACGACUUUGGCGACGCUGCGCAGGGCUUCCGGGUGUUUCUCGAGAUUGUCUACAUUGUGUACCUCGUCUACUACAUAGCCGAAGAGUGUCUCGAGGUUCAUGGAGAAUUCACAGGGAUCUGUAUAGCCAAAACAAAACAGAAGUACAGGUUUCACAAGAUCCCUAUACCGGAUGAUCUCUUUGGCAGCCCUUUUGCCCAGAAGAAGGCCCCUGAUGCCAGCAAGCCUGGGUCGCUCGAUAACGACUUGCAGGCAGUUGCUCCGACAAAGCCUGCAAGGAAUCCUCUGGUGGAGCUUACGAUGGGCGACAAAGGGAGGGCGCUCCUUCAGGCCACAGUUCACCACUUCGGAACGGACAUGUUCAAUUGUGUCGACCUUUCCAGCUACGUCCUCUCUCUUACGUCGAUCUUCCUCUGGCUGAGGCUGGCAAACGACGAAUUCAUUUCCACGUACUCUUCGGUUCUUGAACUUUUUUCAUUGCUUAAUUGGACUCGGUGUUCAAGAACAACUGGACACACUUGAAUAAUUUGGGUCUUCGGCAACAAUAAUAUCAAUUGUGAAUUAGGUAGUAAUACAAUUAGAAGAAUUUUUCUGCAAAAAGAAUAAUUUAUAGGGCAUUGACACAUCAUACAUCAACACCAAUCUAGAAGGAGUUUUAAUAUCUGCCUACCAAAAACGACCUGAACUUUGUUCAGGUAUGUGAUGUACGAGAACCCUACAUGGGAGGCGUGCGACGCUCAAACAGGGUACUGGUGCUCCGAUGCGGACGUGAUGAGCGCCUUUUUUCGAGCGAGUGUGAAGCAAGACUACUUCGUUGCUACCGCCGCGUUGAAUGUGAUAUUCAUUUUCUUCCGUCUCCUUAAGUUUUUCCGAAACGCUGGGCGCAUGCGUGUCAUCUUCCAGUCUCUAGCCGGUGGAUUCGCGGAUAUUAGUUGGUUUUUCCUGCUCUUUUUCGUCAUCUUUCUGGGCUUCACGCUCCAGGGGCAUUUGUUUUUCGGAACACAAAAUGGGAAUUUCGUGUCCAUUUCGUCCAGCAUUCUAGAGGUGUACGAAAUGAUAUUGGGCAACUACGGGUAUGCAACGCUAGCCGCGGCGGAUGCGAGCAUGGCUCCGUUCUUUUUCUUCCCGUUCUUGAUGCUCUUCUACUAUUUGCUGAUGAACGUGUUUUUCGCGGUGAUGGACAAGAACUUCCAGCACUUCGACAAGCUAUACAAUGAUCUUGAAAAGGAAGCUGAAGCGGCUGGUGCUAUUCAAGCCGGCGCUGACGAUGACGAUAUAGACGAAAAUCGCGCGCGACCAAGGGGCGUGGUGAAAGCGGAAGUCAUGGCCAUCUCUGGCUUCAUGGACGGGCUCGGCAAGUCCUCCUCAAAGAAACGCGGUAUUCUACUGCUACAUACUGCGUACGACGUCGUGCUGGGUUUUAUUGUUGUGUUGAAAUUGAAUGCCGCAGCAAUUUCUAUGAAUAUAUCUUCCAGGGCUCAGAGCUGAAGGCCCCCCCGAUCUAACUUUUUGAGGGGGGGCCUCUAGCACCGGACCCUUUUCCUCGAGGGACUGCCGGGCGGGAAGGGCUCCAAAGGCCCACCUUCGCGGCCUCCCUCCCUCUUGCCUGAACCCUACAGAACCCAAACCCCUGAGGCCGUUCAAGCUCCGACGGCCGGGGUUAGGGAGGCUUCCGAAAGCGGCAAAAAUGGGACCCCCUUGCGGUGUUGCCUGUACCCUACAGACCUCCCGCGCCAUUUUGCGUGUGCCCUACAGACCUCCCGUGCCGUGUUGCAUGUACCCUACAGACCUCCCGUGUGCGGGCUCCUCACUGGGGGAGCCUCUUGGGAGGUGGAAGGCCUCCGAGGGCCGCAGGUGGCAAGGGUAGGCUUGACCCCUUUCGCCGUGCUGCAUGUAACCGACAGAACCUAGGCGGGCAUGCCUUGCCCCCCCCUCCUCCUCGCCUUUGUUCCUCAUCCCCUCGGGCGUUUGGUGGCGCUGGCGGCUGACGCCAGAGGGGCGAGGCCUCGCAACCGUUGCCGCUUUCCGCGGGCUUCUUCCCCCGGAGCCCGUCCCCCUGAUAGGGUCCAAGAGCCGGGACGCCUGUGGGGUACAUGCGGAGAGCCGCCAGGGGACUCCGGCUCCGCCUUUUGAGGCCUUCGGCCCCGGGAGUCCCUACAUGUCACCACAGCGGAAAAAAGGGCGCGCGGACGCCACCGCCGCUCCAGCCAGAGGGAGGGCCUCGUUCCCUGGUACAUAUAUAGCGCACCGCGUUCGUGUUCUAAUAUUGUGUCAUUUACUUACAUGUACAACACAUUCAAGUUUCUUGAUACACAUCGACAAUCCCCAAGGUAGGUAUUGCAUCAAUUCUUGGGCACAACUAACCCUCCCCCUCGCUUUCAGGUUCAAUGAUUCGGGAGAGGGAUAUUCAGCGUGAGGUCUGUCCUGAGUGGCUUCUGCUUCCUCAAACGUGGAAGGAGUGGGCAUUAGAGCUAACUUCGUCUAUUGCUGAGGAUCUGAAGUUAAGAGAACUGAGUUCCGAGGAAAUCCUUGAUCUUGUCGGACCCGACGGUGAUAUGACGGAGUUCGAUGCCUCGGCCUUUGCACCUGAGACGCGCGUUCCUACUUCAGCAGAACUGAAAGAAAAAGAACAGCAACUUAUCUCCUCUUUGGCCGCAGACACUCUGGAGGUGAGCAAGUUGUUAGACAGGUAUUUAGACGAGGUGUUGCCUAAACUGGACGAAACACAGCAGGAGCAGAACGUGAUUGCCCAGUACAUUGAGAUACAAGAAGAGAGACGCGCUGGUCGUCUGCGAACUCUGGAUAGGUUGAAAAACGAAUAUGCGAGGCUUCUAGCCGCAGGACGCAGCGCAACGGUUUUCGAGGACGAGGAGGAUAAUAGUGGGCGCGUGUAGUAGUUUUUAAGUCGGCGUGAUCGUGAUGAGAUUAUAUAUGUGUUUGCAGCCAGUGCCAGAGCCUCUAGCAUCAUCAAAGUAGAAAUUAAUGUUGUCAAGCACCUUUUCCUUUACUGGAAAUAGUGGAAAUUUGCGUCAUGGAUAACGAAGUUAUUUGGAAUGGAGUUCGUGGAACAACAGGGUAUUGUAGGCAUUGCUCUGAUAAAGAUCCGUUACUUGGUAUUUCUGUCUCUGUAAUUGUUUUUGGAGUACUCAGAAAUGAGCUGUAAGGCAGCUAUCAAUGUCGAACUUAAUUGUGUGAGAGUCAAAUCAGUCGUAUGGACCUUUUACGAAUUUAUACUGUUGUGGCCAUAAUAAUGAUUCUCUACUAGGUAGUUUUAGUCGGCAGGCUAGAAACAAAUACUUAGAUAGAUACACAAAUGUACAGGUCCACCCCGCCAAUCCCUGACAGGGUUUCCAAUUUUCCGAGACUUUUCUAGGUGCAAAAAAAGGCUCGAUGAAUACUUUCCCUUUCCCCCAUGCCCAUUGAAUACUUUUCCACCUCCGCGCGGCACACACUGCGCACAAAUACAUAGUCACAGAAACUUGCACAGCAUACUUUUCGCCAUGGAUGUCACAGGACCUGAGGUGGUACGUGUGUUAUUCAACCAGGGCGUCCUCAGCCAUGUUGUAUAGUACACGGAUGUGCAUCAACUACUGACAGUAGUAUUACACGACUACUUGUUGUAUUUUUUGUUCGUUGUUAGUAGGACAUAAUGGCACUCACUAUGAAUGAUCAACAAUCAGUCCAAAAUAUCGAUGCUCACUGAUCUUGAUUUCGGUCAGGAACGCUAGCUACCUUCGGCUCGAGUGAGUCUGGUUUUAAUCGCAUGGAGCAAGUAGCUCCUAGAACGUGAGUGGUUUCGCAACCGCGCCCUCCCCUGUCCCUCAGUCUAGCUUCAGGGUUUUUAUGGCAGGGGAGGCAUCUUCGUGCCUUUCUUUUGUAUAGCUACACCCCAUUCAUCUAGGCAUUGGCAAAGGAAAAGGUGAAAGCUAGCCUCUUAUAAAGCUUUCGUGUGUCCGAGCUUUGGGGGCUGUGCAGUCUAGUCCGCCGAAGCUUUAGCUACGCGGAUACCCCUAUGGUAGGAUCCACUUGUGCAGUGGAGGUGUGGUCUAUGCUACUGCGUAGACGACCUAGU